CAAAUGGGGCAGCUGCCCCGGUGCCCGGCGAUUUAAAAGAGUCCGGGGCUCCCGCUGCCGGCGCCCCGCGCAGCGUGGAAGGGUUGAUCCAGCCCUUCCCCGUCCCGCCCACAGCUGCCGCAGCAAAAGGCUGCUGAUCACCGCAGAACUUCAUCUCCCCGGCCAGGGGUUUCCUUCCCGCAGGGGCAUUUCGCAACUAUGAUUUUGAAAACGAACUUUAGGGGGAUCUUUCUAGCCAAGUGCCUGGUGGUUUUAUUCUCCUGUGUAAAAGGUUCUGCAAACGAAGCCCCUAAAGUAUAUGGUAUUCAGAAUGGUUCUGUUUUCUUGAACAUUCCUGACUUCAAAGUGGAAAAGCAACAGGAAAUAACAUGGCUCAAAAAUUCAUUACACCUCACGAAAGGCAAAGAUUCUUAUGUGAAAUAUUACAAGGAUAGGAGAAAGUAUGAGAUGUUCCCCAAUGGAACCCUGAAAAUAGACUGCCUGGUGGAAGAGGACAGUGGAAAUUACAAAGUGACUGUAUACAAUGACAUGAAAUUGUCUCUAAACCAGAAAUCAAAUGGAUAUGUUCACAAAAAUUAAUAAAGGUGACAUGUGAGGUGAAACAGAAGAACAAACCUGCUUUGCAUUUGCUUCAAAAUAACAGAAUGCUCUCUGUAAAUGGGCCAAUAUAUACAAAUGGCACAUGGAAGAUUGAAUAUCCACCCAAGGCCAGAAUCCUUACUGCAGAGUUCCAAUGUGAAGUUAAAAAUGACGUUAGCAAGAGAACUGAUGAUCAGGAAAUCAAAUGUUCAGGUACAAAGUCUAUAUUGUUACAAGGUCUCCUUAUCACAGCCCACAAAGAGUUACAAACGUAUAGCUGUCUCCAGGGUACUGAUUCUAAAACUAGUGGCAGCCCAAUAAAAUAACCGAGGGAAUUGACAUGCAGUAGGUUUUAUGCAGUGCUACACAGCAGGAAGCAAAAAACAAAACCCUUUUGUUCAGCUGUUAUUCUUUUAUUAUUUCUACAGCACCAACAGUGUCCAUUGCACUACACUGACCAUUACAAAUUCAGGGGUCAUUUUCGUUGGAUAGAAUAAAAUUACCCAUGUUGAAAAUUGGUCAGGGCGUCCGUUAACACCCGAUAUUUCCCAAGAAUGGGCCUGAUUCUCCUCUCUCUUAAUCCAGAUUUAUACUGUACACCUAUGUGACUUCAUCGACUUCAAUGGAAUUGCUCUUGAUUUGCACCAGUGUAAGGCUGUGCCUACAUUACAGGUGCUACGGUAGCAUAGCUAUAGUGCUGCCGCUGUGCCUCUGUAGUGCAAUGCUGUAGAUGUUUCCUACCAUGACAGAAGGGUUUUUUCCAUCCCUAUAUUUAAUCCACCUCUCUGAGAGGCAGUAGCGAGGUUGACAAAAGAAUUCUUCCAUCGACCUAGAUGCAUCUACACUGGGGGUGACGUCGACUUAACCGCGGUGCUAAAGGCACAAAUUUUGUUAUGAGCCUGAGCAACAUAUUUAGGUCAAUCUCAUUUUUUUUAAAAGUUAGGUUGACCCAGCUACCCAGCCCCAGAGGAUUUAACCCCCACCGUAGACAGCGCUAGGUUGACGGAAGAAUUCUUCCAUCGACUUAGCUACCAUGCCAAGCUACCUUCCUGUCAGUGUAGGUAGUGCCCACGGUGCUGCAGCUGUGCCGCUGUAGUGUUCAAGUGUAGACAAGCCCCAAGUGACAGGGAAUUAGAUGCAAGGAAGUCUUGAUCUUUUCCACCCUUGUAUCUACACAGUCAGUGGUGCCACAUUGGCAGAUGGAUUCUUUUGAUAGAAAAAAAUGGAUGUCCUUAUUAUGUUAUUUAACAUGUGCAUAUAAAGCAUGGGCUUCCUUUGCAGUGAGCUUUUGGGAAAUUAGCUGUGUUUUAGGAGGUGAUCGGCUUAAAUGAGCAAUCAAGUAGGUUAGGCCUCAGGUGUAGAUUUUCUUAAAGGAGAGGUUUUACAAAACUUGCUCUUCAUAAAAAUGUUUUCAUGAAACUUUAGGGGGAAAAAGUCAGUGUCCUGUGGUGUUGGAGAGGCAAGACCAGCAGCAUUAGGCUAGUGUGCAAUCAAUGAAACACACCUGAAACUGACCAGUCUUUUCUUUAAUUGUCCAACUUGGUAAAAUGCAAGAAGUCAACAAAUUAAAAAUGAAUCAGG